AUGGCUGCCACAUUCGCCCUCCUCUUCCCCAUCUUCUGCUUUCUUCAACUCGCCUUACGAACAAAUGCAGCUGCGCUGACGACCGCCAUCAGUGCCAACGAGCGGGUUUGCUUCUACGCGGAUGUGGACAAGGCCGGGGAGAAGAUCGGGUUCUACUUUGCGGUACAAUCUGGAGGGUCAUUCGACAUCGACUUUGAGGUCAAGGGCCCCAAUGAUCGUGUGCUCCUCGACGGCCAGCGCGAACGCCAGGGCGACUUCGUCUUGACGGCAAACGUCGUCGGGGAGUACGCUUUCUGCUUCGAGAACGACAUGUCCACCCUCACCGAGAAGCUGAUCGACUUUGACAUCAUGGUCGAGUCGGAGCCUCGCCGCGAACCUCCCGCCAAGCCUGGACAAAUCGCGGACCAAACAACCGCACUGGAGGAGAGCAUAUUCAGGCUGAACAGCAUGCUCAUAAACAUCAAGCGGUCACAAAAAUACUUCCACACACGCGAGAACCGCGGCUUUGACAUCGUCAAGUCCACCAAGAACCGUCUGUUCUGGUACGCAGUGAUGGAGAGUUUAGGAGUGAUCGGAAUGGCGAUAUUCCAAGUUUAUGUGCUGCAGACGUUCUUCACGAAGACGGGGAGACGGUACAAGGUGUAA